AUGCCGAAGCCGAUCAUCCUACGGAUCGGCGAGGACAUCAAGUACAACCACGACUUCUACAACCAAGAAUUUCUGAAGAAGUACGAUGUAAUCUCUAAUCCUCACACAGAUCGAGUGUCGUUUAUCACAGCUCUAAAGAACAAGGAGUUCGGCGAUUUCUCAGCUAUUUUCCGACCACACUUUCAGACAGGUGGUGAAAUGGGACAAUGGGACGACGAGCUGAUUGCUUUACUCCCUCCAUCUGUUCGUAUAUUCGCUUCCGCUGGGGCGGGAUACAACUGGGCAGAUACCGAAGCACUAGGAAGACGCAAGAUAUGGUAUGCCAAUGGUGCUGGCGCAUCAGACGAGGCUGUCUCUGACACAGCACUCUACUUCAUUCUCUCAGUCUUUCGUAAUUUCACUAGGUCUCAGCUAGCUGCUCGAACUGCAGAUCCUGCUGUGUUUCAAGAAACACAUAAGCUCAUCGCAACCAUUUCGCAGAACCCAGCUGGUCAUAUCCUGGGUAUCGUAGGCCUCGGGAGCAUCAGUAAGAAGCUCGCCUACAAAGCUAAAGCCUUGGGUAUGGAAAUUCAUUAUUACGACGUUGUAAGGUUAGCCUCUGAGGAGGAGACGCGGCUCGGUGUAACAUUCCAUGAGACGCUUCAGAGCCUUCUCGAGGUGGCAGACUGUGUCACACUACAUACACCACUCAACAAGCAUACGAAGAAUCUCAUGAACAAGAACACCAUUUCCAAGAUGAAACCUGGAGCACGGCUGAUCAAUACUGCCCGAGGCGAGGUUGUCGAAGAGGAAGCACUCACAGAGGCUCUCAAAUCUGGCCACCUAUCUGCUGCGGCAUUGGAUGUCCAUUACCACGAGCCACAAGUCUCAAGAGUAUUGGCAUCAAUGGAGAAUGUGACGCUUACUACUCAUGUUGGAGGUGGUGCGUUGAAUACAAGAAUCAAUUUUGAGUUGAAUGCAAUGAAGAAUAUCAUGGCUGUUGUCGGCCACGACGGACAGUUCACUGGCAAGCCCUUGACGCCUGUUAAUGAAGCAGCGUUUGUGAAUGCCUAA